GGAAGCGCUCGGCGCGGGGAGGCGCCCAACAUGGCGUGGCGGUGCUGGGCCCGCGCCUGGGACCCGCGGGCGCAAAGGCUGACGGUGCUGCUGGAGCAGCAGCGGGGCUUCCGGCGGGUGCGGCCGCGGAGCGAGGAGCCCCAGGCCCCGGCCGGUAGCACCGAGGCGCGGCCCGCACCGCCGCCGUCCCGCCGCAGCCUGUGCCCGGCGCCGCCCGCCCGCGGGGGCCGCCCCUCGCCGCGCCGCCUGGUGAAGCCGCUGCUGUUCGCGGUGGGGUUCACAGGCACGGCCUUCGGCACGGCGGCCAUCUGGCAGUACGAGGCGCUCAAGUCCCGGGUCCACAGCUACUUCGAGGAGGCGCGGGCAGACUGGCUGGAUAAGAUUCGGCCGCAGAAGAGGGGGAGCUUCAGGAAGCAGGUUAACAGCUGGUGGAAUAACCUGACUGAGGGUCAGCGGACCGUGACAGGUAUUAUAGCUGCAAAUGUCUUCAUAUUCUGUCUGUGGAGGCUGCCCGGAAUGCGACGGAUCAUGUUUACAUAUUUCACCUCAGAUCCAUCCUCCAAAGCCUUGUGUUCUCCCAUGCUGCUCUCUACGUUUAGUCACUUCUCUCUUUUCCACAUGGCAGCAAAUAUGUAUGUUUUAUGGAGCUUUUCCAGCAGCGUUGUCUCUCUCCUGGGAUGCGAGCAGUUCAUUGCAGUGUAUCUUUCUGCUGGGGUUAUCUCCACUUUUGUCAGCUAUGUUGCUAAAAUGGCUACAGGAAAGUUUGAACCAUCCCUUGGAGCUUCGGGAGCUAUAAUGACUGUCCUCGCAGCUGUCUGUACAAAGAUGCCAGAAGCAAAAUUAGCCAUCAUAUUUCUUCCCAUGUUCACGUUUACAGCAGGAAACGCUUUAAAAGCCAUAAUCGCAUUUGAUACUGCAGGGCUUGCCCUGGGCUGGAGAUUUUUUGACCAUGCUGCACAUCUAGGGGGAGCUCUAUUCGGAAUGUGGUACGUGACUUAUGGCCAUGAGCUCAUAUGGAAGAACAGGGAGCCGCUGGUGAAAGCUUGGCAUGAAAUGAGGACGAGGAAUGCAGGAAAGGGAGGUGGAAGAUCUAACUGACCCUCAUCCCACUGCGCAGCUGCCCUAUGGAGACAUGAGAUUGGUUUGGGAGGGCUUUCUGCUACUCCACAUUAGAAACCUCAGCUUCUUAGAGGCCUGAUGUUAACUUCAGUAAUAGAAAUAUCUGUCACUAGAGAACAAACUCUGACAAAGGUGGAACAAUAAAGUUUUUUAGCCUAUUUCUCUGAGCCAGCAA